UUUUAUCGAAAGCUCACCGAGUUAUUAUCGACAUUCGGAGAGGGGGGGAGAGAGAGAGAGAGAGGGAGAGCCCAAUUGGGAGGGAAAUUGUCCCUGGCUCAAUCCAAUUUUUAUCCCCCUAACAAGAGCUAUUUUCUUUUUUCAAAAUUUUCUUAUUCGAGAUGAGAAUGUUCAAUUCUUGGUUGAAUCUAUUCUGGAUAUUCUUGCACCUUUUUAUUUUUCAAUUCUCGCCCAGAAUUUCCGCCAUCAGGAAGGAUAUUGGGUUUCUAGAGAAACCCAUUUGCAGAAAUACUGUACAAGGAAGAUAUUUGCUCUCUGAUGAUAAUGGCCGUGUAUGUGAUGCUUUAUCAAUGGAUCCACAGUCUGGCUGCUGUCCUGGAAAAGCAGAGAAAUUCUCUUGUCAUGGAUGCAACCUUCUCUCGCAAUGUUGCAACUCCUAUGAGUUUUGUGUUUCGUGCUGCCUAAAUCCGUCACGGACACAAAACGAACAGGUACUGAAGGUGAAAAUUGCUAAACAAGCAACUGCAGGAACUUAUGCUGGUGUUUUUGAUUUCUGUGCUGGAAGGUGCCGUCAUAAUUCUGAGAGUGUGGUUCAUGAAAAUGCUUACCUUAGUGAUUUCCAUCACUGCUUUUCUCUGCCUUCAAAUUCUUCGGGGGCCAGUAAUACACAACUUGAAGGAAGACUAAAUGGAAUUAACGUUAUUGUUGGAAGACAAAGUGAGUCAUGUGAUUCAGUUUGCAAGUCAAAUGGGCAAUCGUGCGUCCCAAAUAAGCUUUUGGUGCUGAAUCAAUGUGAGAUUAUGCAUAAAUAUAUGACCUGCAAAGGAGCUUGCUUGGCAAGCAUGGGAGCAGAUCAACCUGCAGAAGUUGUUGAUGAUGCCCCUAAAAAUCUGAAUCCUGGAGCAUGCUUGUUUACUCGAGCACAAGCGAUGCUUUCUUGUGAUGGUUCACAUCCACAUACCAGGCGACUUUGUCCCUGUGCAUAGUGCAUCUACUUGAAAGAGGCAGCGUCGUGGCGGUUAGUUGUACAGCAGAAUUAUUGCAACUGUGCAACUUGCUUGUCAUCAUCAGGGAGAAGGGGUUUACUUCUGCUGUCUCAUUUUAUCCUCUGUUUUUCUAAGUUGUUCCUGGUGGCCAUUCUACAGCAAACCAUUCAAUUCUAAAACGCAAUUACUUUUGGCAAAGAGAGCAAAAUCAUUCCUGUCUGGGUUCUUGGUCGGCAGCUUCAGACAUGAUUUAUUCGAGGUUCACGAUUGGGUUAGUCAUUUUCAGCCAAAUUAACUCUCUGCCGUACUAUUAAAGGUUAGGCUUGUGCUCACAGAAUAUGGUGUAGGAGUACUAUCUUUUUGUUCUAACUGCGAGUUAAAUGUAAAUAAUAUAUCUUCUUGCGGACGAGUGGGAGGAAAAGCUUGUGCCUCUUCCUUGAUGAGAUUCUACAAAUAGCUAACCUUUUUACCAUAGGGUGGUCUGCACUCUACAUCUGGUAACAUCAGUAAUGGUUUGUAUUUAGUUUAGAUUGAGAUCUGGACAUUUCUUUUUUAUGGAACAGGGUAAAAAAAUUGAUAUC